ACAAACUAAAUGAAUCACUCUCAUCACCCUGCAAAAACUCACCCGUUUAUUAGCUCUGAAUGGGCUGCACCACUACAAGUUUUAGGUGUGCGCCCAUCCACAAAGAAACUUCAACUGAAAGGACAUGUUACCCUUUUACUUUAUUAGCCUAUGACAAUAGCUGAAUGGGUAUUAGGUGCGAUAUUGUCCAGGGGCAGACACUGAUGGAGGGUAUUCAGUGCUUUAAUCGGUUCGGUAUUGCCUCACUUUGUCAUCUAUACGAGCCAAGGAAGGUAUUGCAUUGAAAUGUUGUCCGGGAGAUACUCGACGCUUAUGCCACCAGUGUGAAAAAUGAUAACGCCACUGUACUUUACAGACACCUUUUGAAUAGGAAUAGAUUGGUUACACCGAGAGCUAUUCAGCAGUGCAGGAAUUUUUUUCAGGAUUCAUGGUCGCGUGAAGGAAGUGGAUUAAAAUAAAAUACAUGUAAGGACAUGAGUCGCAUUGGGAUAAUCAGGGGCAUGAAUGGAUUCAAUGAAAGUGCACUGGCCGGUUGGCUUGCUGAUGACGUUAUUGAGAUGCACAUGACCGAUAAGGAUUCAGUAGUGAGAUGGUUGCAAGAUCUGAGGACCAUGACAGAAUGCGAGUGCAUGUGCAUACUGCAAGGCAAGCCCAUCCGGACCUCGGCACACGACAUGGCUAAGGUCACCUCCAGUGCACGAGAUAAUAUUUACAUCCUCAGGCAACGAGCCAGUUCUAUCUCAGCAGAUUUUGCCAAAUUAUACUAUAAACUUGAUUCAGGUUCUUGGGAUCAAGUCCACUGGUUGUGUCUUUCAUUGACCAUUCGGCUACGCACAUUCCUACAUGAGUGCACCUCCUAUGUCCCCACCAUGCCACUGCAUUUGUUCCAACGACAACAGACAGUUCUUGAGGAAUGUGGUCGACUUGUGAAGCAUGCAGAGAGUUUUGAAGAGUUGAACGGUACUCUACCCCCAGCGUUACCGACUUUGAACGUACUGAGCAGUUUAGGGAAGGCGUUCAACGACUUGGUUCACAUGGUGCAAGGCAUUCUCAUUCAGACGGUUGUGAGGAGUAUUCACGAGUCCGCCAGUGAGUACAACAUCAAGAUUGCCAUCAACUCCAUACACUGUCUGUCUGAAGACGACAGUGAAAUCAGAAGGUUACUUGCCAAGGAGGGCGCUAUUCCAGCUUUACUGCAGCUCUGCCAACAAGCAUCUCUCAAUGCCAUGAAGCCCAUGGCUCUCAAGACCGUGGCUAACCUGUGCAAUGUUGCAGAGGGAAGACAGGAGUUGGAGAGGGCAAGCGGCGUGGAAUACCUUAGUGAAAUCUUGUCUUCUCCCACGGCAACGGAGUCAGUCAAGGCCGAGGCAGCGUCAGUCAUUGCACAGAUCACGUCACCAAAUAUCGACAAUUACCAUCACUUACUAGGGUUCAUUGAGUACAUGGAAGACUUGCUGAAAGAAUUAACUGCGUUAUCCGGGUCGGCUUCGUCAAGUUCUGUCUUUGUCAUCGCGACUUCUGCAAUAGCCAACAUCACCUUCAUGGACAGUAUGGCCUGCGAUUGCCUGGCCAGCUUCCACACAGCGAGGGCGCUAGUCAAGGGCUGCAAUAACGGCAUGGCCAACACCUUGUACUGCAAAGACCAGGUAGCAACGAUACUGGCCAACAUGGCCGUCACGGACCAGUGUCGGAAGGAGAUCAUGGUCUCGGGCGGCACGGAGCUGUUGGUGGACUUUCUCCACACGAGGGCGCUAGUCCACCCCAGCAGUGCCAAGAAAGGUCUGAAGGGUAGCGGGCUGAGCGGGGGCUGCAGUGGCAGCGGUGGCAAGCAGGAUGUGGUGAUGUCAUCGUCUUGUGAGAAGGUGCACCAGAAGGCGGCUAUAGCCUUAGCAAGAUUGGCCAGAGACCAGGAUAGCGCUGAGCUCAUUCUGGAAUUAGAUGCGAUACCGAGAUUAGUGGAGCUUUGCUGCAACAGACGAGAGAGGAACGACAGUGAGCCAGUCCUUGUUGCCUGCCUUGCUGCAUUGAGAAAGCUCCACAACCUCCUGGGCCCUUCCGUCUUCAAGUCUUCCGAUGUCGACCAGCUCAUCAAACCAAGACUCAUCGACUCGUACCUCAUGUGUUCAGCAACUAAAGAGAGUUUUGUAUGACAUCUGGCCAGAAAUGUGCACAUAUGUAUUCUACACCUUUGUUGACUGGCGUUCCAGAGUCGCACUGAACAAAACAGUUUUAGGAGCGACUUGAGUUGACCCAACUAGGUUUUAGUUUCAGACGAGCAAACUCAUGUUCCAUUGACUAUGGGCUCCGUGCGCCGACAAGGGGGCGCCCUUUUACCUAGCAACGACGUCCCAUGGGCGGGACAUUUCGCUGGUUGACGCGCACCG